AUGCCCCCCAGGCUCAUGCCCCUUACUGUCUCCGUAGAUCUGGUUCUGGAGAAAUGGGACCUGGAGCUGGAGGCCAAUGGCCGGGACCACCACACGGCAGACCUGUGCAGGGAGAGGCUGGUGGUGCGGCGGGGCCAGCCCUUUCGGCUAACUCUGCACUUUCAGGGCAGAAGCUACGAGGCCAGUGUGGACCACCUCACCUUCAAUGUCUCGACUGGCCCAGCCCCCAGCGAGGAGGCGGGGACCAAGGCCCGCUUCCCGCUGUCGGACGCCGUGGAGGAGGGGGCCUGGACGGCCUCCGUGGUAGACCAGCAGGGCAGCGAGCUCUCGCUGCAGCUCAGCGCCCCGCCUCACGCCCCCAUCGGCCUAUACCAGCUCAGCCUGGAGGCCUCCACGGGCUACCAGGGCUCCAGCUUCAUGCUGGGCCACUUCACCCUGCUCUUCAACGCCUGGUGCCCAGCGGAUGCUGUGUACCUGGACUCAGAGGAGCAGCGGCAGGAGUACGUUCUCACCCAGCAGGGCUUCAUCUACCAGGGUUCGGCCAAGUUCAUCAAGAGUAUCCCUUGGAACUUUGGGCAGUUUGAAGACGAGAUCCUGGACAUCUGCCUGAUGCUCCUGGACGUCAACCCCAAGUUCCUGAAGAACAGUGGCCGUGACUGCUCCCGCCGCAGCAGCCCCGUCUAUGUGGGCCGGGUGGUGAGUGCCAUGGUCAACUGCAAUGACGACCAGGGUGUGUUGCUGGGACGCUGGGACAACAACUACGUGGACGGCAUCAGCCCCAUGUUCUGGAUCGGCAGUGUGGACAUCCUGCGGCGCUGGAAGAACUACAGCUUCCAGAAGGUCAAGUAUGGCCAGUGCUGGGUCUUUGCUGCUGUGGCUUGCACAGUGCUGCGGUGCCUGGGCAUCCCCACCAGAGUUGUGACCAACUAUAACUCGGCCCACGACCAGAACAGCAACCUGCUCAUCGAGUACUUCCGCAACGAGUUUGGGGAGUACGAGGGUGACAAGAGUGAGAUGAUCUGGAACUUCCACUGCUGGGUGGAGUCGUGGAUGACCAGGCCAGACCUGAAGCCAGGGUACGAAGGGUGGCAGGCCCUCGACCCCACGCCCCAGGAGAAAAGUGAAGGGACAUACUGCUGUGGCCCGGUUCCAGUUCGUGCCAUCAAGGAGGGCGACCUGAGCACCAAGUACGACGCCCCUUUCGUCUUUGCCGAGGUCAACGCGGACGUGGUGGACUGGAUCCGGCAGGGGGAUGGAUCCAUGCACAAGUCCAUCAACAAUUCUCUGGUCGUGGGACUGAAGAUCAGCACUAAGAGUGUGGGCCGUGACGAGCGGGAGGACAUCACCCACACCUAUAAGUACCCCGAGGGGUCCCCAGAGGAGAGGGAAGCCUUCAGGAGGGCCAACCACCUGAACAGGCAGGUUGACAAAGAGGAGACGGGGCUGGCCAUGCGGAUCCGUGUGGCCCAGAGCAUGAAAAUGGGCAGCGACUUUGAUGUCUUUGCCCAUAUCACCAACAACACCACCGAGGACCAUGCCUGCCGCCUCCUGCUCUGCGCCCGCAUUGUCAGCCACAACGGGAUGCUAGGGCCCAUGUGUGGCACCAAGGAACUGCUCGAUCUUUCCCUGGAGCCCUCUUCCGAGAAGAGCAUUGCCCUUCCAAUCCUCUAUGAGAAGUACUGUGACUACCUGACAGAGUCGAACCUUAUCAAGGUACGGGGCCUCCUCAUCGAGCCAGCGGCCGACAUCUACAUGCUGGCUGAAAGGGACAUCUAUCUGGAGAAUCCAGAAAUCAAGAUCCGGAUCCUGGGAGAGCCCAAGCAGAACCGCAAGCUGGUGGCUGAGGUGUCCCUGCAGAACCCACUCACCGUGCCCCUGGAAGGCUGCACCAUCACUGUGGAGGGGGCUGGCCUGACUGACAAACAGAAGACGGUGGACAUCCCGGACCCCGUGGAGCCGGGGAAGGAAGUCAAGGUCAGAGUGGACCUGCUGCCUGUCCACGUGGGCCGCCACAAGCUGGUGGUCAACUUUGAGAGCAAUAAGCUAAAGGCCGUGAAGGGCUACCGGAACGUCAUCAUUGGCCCCCCCUAA